AUGGCUGACAACACUUGGCCGCACCCCUUUGCCUCGUCCAACGAGGCCGUGGUUCCGGCAAUGCCAACAUCAUCGUCACGCUACCCACCGACAGAAGCUUCCAAGUACAGUCAAGAGGCAGACGAGGACAGGAUCACCCCUGUGCCGCCUGUGGAGCAAAACAAGGACAACACCGCCACUCGAGAAGAAGAACAGUACAAGACCAGUGAGGAAGAAAGGAAGGAUGCCGCGACCAAUAUCGUCCCCUUCGCCACGGACCUCGAGCGUAACGUUGAGUCCGGCGUCUACGUGCUGGAUGAAGCAGCCUACCGUCUCAAGCACGGUCUGCAUCCUGAAGUUGUGGUUAAGAAGACGAAAGAUGGCAAGAAAGUGCUCAUUCCACAGCCAACCGACUCUCGAGAUGACCCAUUGAACUGGCCAAGGACGCAGAAGAUGGCCAUUCUGGUCAUGUUGGUCGUGAAUGCAUUCACUGCGGACUACGCUGCUGCUACCGGAACCAGUGCUAUAGUGGCUCAGGCUGAGGAAUGGCAGAUCAGCCCCGACAAGGUCAAUCAUGCUACAGCUGGCAACACGUUCAUGCUUGGUGUCGGUGGCCUUGUAGCUGUUUGGCUUUCCGCUGGAUUGGUCGCCGCAGCAGCCAAGUCCUUUGAGUCCUACAUGGCAGCUCGGAUUAUCAACGGCUUCUUCUGUGUUGCCGCAACAGCAGGAGGCCUCAUGUGGAUCAACGACGUCUGGUUUUUCCAUGAGCACCCGCGCAAGAUCAAUAUCUGGUCCACGGCUAUUAUUCUGUCACCGUUCUUGGGACCGCAAUUUAUGGCGGCCAUCCUGAGCGUCACAGGCUGGAGAGUUGGAAUGUGGUUGUGCUUCGGUAUCAUCAUGCUUGGAGUUGUGACUACCGUGGCCGUCGGAGAGGAGACAUUCUACCCGCGCCAUCUACAUGCUGACAACGCACCGCAGCGCAAAAGUCGACUCAUGAGAUUGAUCGGCGUGGAACAGUGCCGAGACCAUUGGACAACCAAUACCUUCCUCGAGUCUGGUACUCGCCUGGUCAAGACCAUCAGCAGACUUCCUGUUCUCUUGGUCUGCAUCUUCUAUCUCUUCGACUUCGCUUGGACCAUCGCGAACAACACCACGAUCUCCGCCCUCAUCAUUCCCACGUACAACUUCAACUACCGCGCACUCGCGGCCAUCUAUGCCGCCCCAGUCGUUGGCGCUCUGCUGGGCCUUGCCGCAGGCCACUUUCUGUUUGACCUACUGGGAGCCCACCAAGCCCGCCAUUACAAUGGGAAGACCGAGCCCGAAGAUCGAUUGCUGAUUCUGUGCUUCAUCACCCCCUUCAAAGUGUUGGGCUUCGUCCUGAUCGGCUCGACCCUGGAGGAUCACGAGUCUUACUGGAUCCUAGCUGUUGGCUGGACGUUACAUACCUGCACGACGGUCAUCACAACGACGGCCGUCGGAGCAUAUCUGAUCGAUGCAUAUCCGGAAGCCAGUGGAGAGUGCGCCGCGUGGCUAAAUUUCGCCAGGACCCUGGGCGGCUUUAUUGUUGGCUACUUUCAGCUCAACUGGGUCAAUGCACAAGGGUCAGAAGGAGUCUUCCUCAUUGAAGCGAGCAUCACGGCUGCGGCGUUCGUACUGGCCAUUGGCCUCGGACUCCGGGGCAAGAAAUGGAGGCGUGGAGGAACCUUGGCAUUCAAGACAUGCUGA